AUGACCGAACCGAAUAACAACAACACAUAUAUAGGCGAAUGGGCUAUACAUAUUGCCAAUACCAAUCCAUACAGCGACGUGUUAGGUGUAGAUAUCGAUUGGAGAUUGAUGAAUCGAGAUGUCAAAUCGAAAUAUGGUAAUAUCGAUUUUGCUGCUGUUGAUGUCGAAGAACCAUUACCGUGGCCAAGAGGAAGUUUUGAUGUGAUACAUGUCAAAGGACUCUUACUCGAGAUCACAAAUUACGUCCGUCUGAUCGAGAAACUCGCAAUGGUCUUGCGUCCCGGUGGGUUACUGAUCAUUACAGAAGUAGAGACCAGCUACGGAUCUUCGACAGGGCAGGAACUGCCGAGAAACCUGAAACAAUGGGAUGCAUGUGUGGAAGCUGCGUUCGGAAGUAGGGGAAUCGAGGUGGAUUUUCCAAGUAGGAUCAAUCACUCGAUUGCUAAUUCCGGGGUAUUCGCCCCAAAUCCAUAUUGUCAGCAGCUGGCCGUGCCAGCUGCAUCAUAUAUGCGAGGAGACCCUCUGACACUAGCCCGAAGAGGUCAGAUGCACCCUCAAGUCCUCUCAUCAACCCUCAAGAAGAUUUUAUCGGUAUUGAUUGAAUAUGGUUAUAAUCAGAAUGAAUUGGAGAAUCUGAUACAAUCAUGCUUGGUCGAGCUCUCAAAUCCACAGGCGAAUUAUUAUCAGAGGUUAUUCUCAGUGUACGCAACCAAGAUCUAUUGA